AACACAAGGCAGUGUUUGUAAAAUAAUCACCAUUUACCUUUUCCUUCUUUUGAUGCAUUGAAUAUCUUGAAAGCUUCAGUCCUGAAGGCACUCGCCACAGGACUGCAUAGUCUAUUCCAUUUAUCAAGUACUCUAAUGUUUUAGGAAAAAAUUCCCCAUUAAUACAAGUCCUCCUUACCUAAUCAUUUCCUCGACUCAAAACCCGCAGUCAGGCCAUCACGCGCCCUUCCCUUUUCUGUUUAAAGACUGCAAAUCACUGCUUCUUUUUACAGGGGCAGCUAGUGAUUAGUGAGCUUUUUUUGUCUUCGGUUUUUUUUCCUUCAACUGCUUCCUUAGCUGGAAAAAAAAAUCUGAUGAUUUAGUCUAGCUUUGAAAGAUAAUUUUGUCAGCCCUAGAAUCAAGAGUUUUGCAUACGUUCUCUGUUGUAGCCCAGGACAUAGGGCGCGGCGAGGCGGGGCUGGCCGCCCGUGCUGUCGGCCGAGCGAGGCUGGUGAGUGUGGGGCAGUCCUUGUGCCAAAGGGUGUGGCUCCGUAGGACGUAUCUCGGCGUGCUGCUGGUAACGACCACGCUGCUCUGCAUGGCUCAGCUCAUGGACGUUGCACAAAACCCUGUUACCGAAAGAUGGGCGGGACAGCCUCCCUCCCAAGGGCCGGAAUGGAUGGCACCCAGAAACUGCACGCCACGCACCAACAUAGGCUUCCUCAAGAGCCACAAGUGUGCCUCCACCGCCAUCCAGAACAUCCUCUUCCGCUACGGCCACAAGCACAACCUCCACUUCGCGCUGCCGAAAAUAGGGAACUACUUCGGCGGUGGACGGCGGAGCUUCAAGGCCGAAAUGGUGAGCUUGUCGCCCCUCAACAAGGUGAAGCCGAACAUCUUCGCCAUACACACCAGGUGGGACCACGACGAGGUACGUCCCGCUGCCGCUACCCUCUGCCUCUCUUGGUGCACAUGUUGUUUUAAUAGUGGUGUGAGGAAGGUGAUGCCUAAGGACACCGUCUACUUCACCAUCGUCAGGAAACCCUCGGCGCUCUUCCAGUCGCUCUUUAGCUACGCAAAGCUUGAGAAGAGGACUGGUCUAAGUCUGGAAGAGUUUGUGAAAAGGGUGUCCGCUGAUGCUAAGAGGGACCGCGGUGUGUGGGGCUACAACCAGAUGGCGUGGGAUUUGGGGAUGUCAGAAGAACAGAUAAACAACCUUACCGCUGCACGUGAAAUGGUGGCGCGCGCGGAGGACCAGUUCGGGCUGGUGCUGGUGGCUGAAAGGAUGGAGGAGUCGCUGGUGCUGCUGGUCGAGUACCUGUGCUGGGAACUCAGCGACGUGCUGGUGCUGCGCCUCAACUCCCUCAGGAGCGAGCUGAAGCAGCCGCUGUCGGCGGCGACGCGGCAGCUGCUGCAGCAGAAGCUCGCCCCGGACUACCUGGUGUACCGACACUUCGCGGAGAAGUUCGAGCGGCAGGUAGAGGAGUUCGGGCGGACAAGGAUGGCGGAGGCGGUGGUGAGGCUGCGGGAGCUGACGGCACUCCUCGUGGACACCUGCUGCUUCAUCACGAAGGAAGCGACAAAGAUAAAGGGCUCGCUGCGGCCGUGGUCUGACCAGGUGUGUGUAAUUCACCAUGGUCUGACUUGACCACACGACAGACUCGUGAUCGCCAACCAGUACCCUCCCCGACUGAGAUCGGAGCUCAAGUGAUGGAUCUCUGGGUACGACUGAUCGGUCACACCCACACACACCCGGGAGGCGGGACACAACCCCCGACUGCCAUCCGGUAUUCAUUCACUGCUGGGUGGACAGGGGACACGGAUAAUAGGAGAAUACCCAUCCGUCUCCACUCCGCUCGGGAAUCUAACCCGGAGCCUCUCGGUUGUAAGGCGAGCUCACUAACCACUGCAAUACGGAGCUCCGUAUUUAUGUGUGUGUUUUUUCUUUCCUUUCCUUCCUUCUUUCUUUCUCGACCUCCUUCCAUUCUUCUUUUUUUCUUCCUUUAUUUAUCCCUCGUGUUUUUCUUCCACCACUUUUUUUAAUUAGUGCUGUAUUCUGAGUGUAGUUGAAUGUUUCAGGUGAACGGGUUUGUGGUGAAGGGAGGUGGAUUUGGCGGUGAGGAUGAAGGUCCCCGUGGAUGUCAGCCAUACAUCAGACCAGGACUGUCGUAUCUGAAUUUGCUGAAGAAGAAACAACGUCAGGAGAUAAUGGAAAUGUACGUACAUUGGUGAGCUGUUUUUUUUUCUCUCUCUUUUCAAGUGCUGCCUAUAGCACCUGUUGUCUUUUUUAAAGGGCCUCUUGGGCGACCCCAGCCCGUUAGUGGCGCAGACGAAUUUUAUUUAUAGUGGCUGCCGUGAUAUGACUUGGUUGGCCCAUGCUGCACUUGAACGAAGUUGUUGAAGGUAGGGUUGACUGAAGAUCUGGACAGCAUGUGGCAAAUCUUCUGCUAUUUGGCGAUGAUUUGAAAAAUCAGCGUCUUUCGGUGGGACUCGAACCUAUGUCCAAGGACUCACCAAGCCCGCACUCUGACCACUUGGCCACCGCCUCCCUCACUGUUUACCUAUCUAUCUAUCUAUAUUUUUUUUCAUUAUAUAUACUCUUUUUUUUCUAGGUAUGGACCUAUUUAAGAUAAUGAAGACCUUGAGAGAAACUGAGAAAGUUACUGAUAAUAAUGAUAGAAGUUAACACUGGUGAUGUGCGAGGAACAGUGA